AGUCUCGUACAGGGAUCAGUAAUAUGGUUGGUGGUGCCGCCGCCUGACAGUUCAUUGAGUUAGUCUUCAUCCUGCCAUCGUAUGGUAUUCGUGAUUUACCUUCUGGAGGUCUAACGUUGGCGAUUGUCAGGGCAGUAAGGACGAUGCCCUUGCUGCUCUAUACGAAUAAUUCCCAACUAUUGCUUCUGGACCCAUCACCAACUAACCUGUCACCUGCCAUCUCACACCGCCUGCCGCCUGCGAUACAGUGACACGGUGACACACCAUACCGCUCACCAGCAUCACCUGUGUCUGGCCCCAAAGCCUCACUGUCGCCUGACUGCCCCUGGUGCAAGAACAUACAGGAAACAAUAUAACACUUCCUGCUGCAGUGCCCCUGCUACCACUCACACUGUCCCUCGCUGUGCUGUCAGCAGUGCCCACCCCUGGGGGGUCGACAGCUUUGACCUUCCAGCGCAGGCGUGAUCGGCCUCACCUGUCAUGGUAUCAUAGGAUUCCUCCAGUGCCCAUAGAUCCUCAUCUCAUGACCUUCAACAAAGAACAAGAUGGACUUCAAGGAGUACAUUGUAGAUAAGGCUCCACCCUCCGCCUUCUACAUCCCGGAUUUCAUAACGGUGGAGGAAGAGCAGCACCUCAUCCACCAGGUCUAUGCCGCCCCCAAGCCCAAGUGGAAGGAACUCUCUCAUCGACGCCUCCAGAACUGGGGUGGACUGCCUCACCCACGCGGCAUGGUGGCAGAACACAUCCCUGCGUGGCUGCAGCACCACAUGGACAGCAUUGCAGAGCUGGGUGCCUUCGGAGACAAACAGCCAAACCACGUGCUGGUCAACGAGUACUUAGCAGGCCAGGGCAUCAUGCCCCACGUGGACGGCCCAAUGUUCUACCCAACCAUCACCACCAUCUCCCUGUCCGGCCACACUCUGCUGGACUUGUACACACCGCGCCCACCAGACACACAGGAAACACCCAACACCAACAGCCAAGAUACAGAAACUCACACGUCAUCAGCGUUUGAGAAGCGAUAUGUUGGUUCUCUAUUCCUGGCACCUCGCAGCCUUCUGAUCCUACAAGAUGAUGCAUACACGACUUACCUUCAUGGAAUCACAGAGGUGGGGGAGGAUGUGGUGUCCAGGGAUAUCCUUAACCUACCCAGCAUCCCUCACAUCCCUGGGGACACUGUGCAGAGGGACACAAGGAUAUCAUUAACCAUUCGGCAUGUUCCCAAGGUACUCAAGAAUAAAGUGUGGUUAGGGGGUAGUAGACAUUGAGGUAUCUUUUAUCUUUUAUCUCCUUUUUGGUCUUAUUUUAUCUCUCAGUGUGGGAGUUGCAAGAAGUGGUCAGGUCUGCACAAUACACAAAGUCAUGUCAGUCCCUGUUUGAAAUGUUCCUCUCUGUUUCCACCUAUUGUUCUUGUCCUUAAAUUUGUUUGUUGUGCUUAUGAAGAUGUUCUGGUUCUGUGAGGUUAUUGUUAUUCUUUCUUUCUUUUUUGUAUGUGUAUUUCUCUCUCUCUCUCUCUCUCUCUCUCUCUCUCUCUCUCUCUCUCUCUCUCUCUCUCUCUCUCUCUCUCUCUCUCUCUCUCUCUCAGGAAGUCCAAGAGUGAGGUGGUUCUAACUCGGUGCUCAGACUUGGCUAAAAUUGAUAUGUUAAUAUUGAGAGGAUUUUUAUACUUCAGUCAUGUUUGGUUGUAUUUGUUAGAUUAAGUCCCUUUGGUGUGUCAGGUGCAGUUUGACCUUCUGUGUGUGUGUGUGUGUGUGUGUGUGUGUCUUAUGCAGAGGAAAGAGAGAAGGGGUCAUUAGGAAUUUGGCUUAUGAAGAGAGACAUACUAACUGGCAUUUGUAUAUCCUAAUACUGAGAGCUGUAGGAGGAGUAAUAGUAGCCCACCACUCGGCAGUUAUAGCUUCCUUAGACCCCCUGACAUCAUUAGUAGCAGUAGUAGUAAUAGUAGUCACGAGAGCAAUGCCUCAUGUAGUAGUAAUAGUGGUAAUAGUUCCGUAACUCCUUCAGUACUGAGAUGCAUUUUCACCACGACUUUUUGGAUAUGAUUAGACAAUUUUAUUUGCAUUAGGAAAGGUCUAUGGAGGUCAGAAGAGUAAUGGGCAGAGUCUUCACUAUUUUAAUCCCCACAUAAGUUUCCGAAGCUGUAUAAAAUCGCUGGAUAGUAAACAGAAUGAAUAUGAAAAGGCAGCAUGGGACUCAAGGAACUGAUGCUGCAGGUUAAGAGAAAGGAUAGUAAUAAGAACAAGAGGCUGUGAUUUGUGUGUGUGUGUGUGUGUUUUGGCUCUCUUUGUGAGGAGAGUCAGCCUGGUGAAGACAUGUGGCUAGUAACUCUAUCAAGCCAUUGCUGUGAUUCGUAAAUGUUGUGAUAUAACAAAUAAACAGUGGCUUUUGUACCAUCA